CAGGCGCUCUGUUAAAUAUCUCCCCGCAAUAUCCCCACGUCGAUGCCCCAGGUCUCCUUCCGCUCUGGCCAACAUAUGUGCCCGGGCCACUUUCUCACCUCGUCCCAACCUUCCAUCACGGUCUUCAGUGACCUCAUUUUGCCCUCACACCAUACCUACCCAAGCCUACCCCUCGUCUCACAUUUCCCUCAAUUCCCUGGCUUGCACGUUUCACUCUUUGAAAUUCCCUCUGUCAAAAAUCAAGGAUGCCGGCAGUUACCUUUCCCCAUGCUGUCCACACGGCUCCUGGACAGCGUGCGGGACGCUCGCCAGGCAGGUCCGAAUCGACCGAAAAGGACUCUUCACCUUCUAAGCUUGAGCUUGGGAAUGUACAAGGCAACGUCUCGGACACCUCGCUCAUUGAGGAAGGCAAUUGGCCAACUUCUUGGCGCGCCUGGACCACUCUAAUUGCCUGCUUCUUUCUCAUGUUCAACAGUUGGGGUCUCGUCAAUGCCUAUGGAACGUUCGCUUCCUACUACAAGGAUGUCUUACUACCUGGACGGGAUGCCCUAUACUUCAACCUACCAGGGGCUACCGAAUGUUUCAUGGUGCUGACCCUUUCGGGUCCCGUUGGCCGCCUGUUGGAUGCCGCUUAUCACCGACAACUUCUGUUCACAGGCUUUUGCAUCAUUACCCUCAGCUUCUUCAUGCUCAGCAUCAGUAAUGGAAAAGCAGGCAUGGGUGACGGUAAUGCUGGGCUCAUCUGGCUCACGCACGGCUUUCUGGCUGGCCUCGGAAUGUCAUGCUUGUUCGUUCCCAGUUCAGCAAUUGCUGCUACGUGGUUCCACAAGAGGAAGAGUUUUGCCAUCGGCAUUGUCGCGUCAGGUGCUAGCAUUUCUGGCCUUGUGUACCCCAUUAUGCUCAGGUUUCUUACCACGCAGCUCGGCUUUAAUAAUGCCGUGCGUGCCGUAGCUGGGCUGAUUGGUGCCACCACGCUCUUUUCGUUCUGCUUCGCGACACCGAACCCGACUCAUCAUCACCGGAAACCAGAGACGUGGCUAAGCAAGCGCGUAUGGGUCGAUACGGCCGCGUUCAAGUACAAGCCAUUUCGAUGGCUCGCGGCGGCCAUUGCGUUCCUGUUUCUGGGGUUUUACUGUAUCUUCUUCAACCUUGAGGAGUGGGCUGCAAAUAAAGGUUUCGGCCACAAAACAGGAAUGCACCCUCAAAGUCCCAGUGAGGAUAGCAGCUCGAUCCUCACGCCUGGAAUCGCUACGUAUUACAUGCUUGCGAUCAUGAAUGCCGUGAGCACUCUUGGCCGCAUCGGAUCCGCUUGGCUUAGCGAUCACUACGGCGCCAUCCGUGUUCACGCCGUCGUCACAUUCGUAGCCUCCCUCCUGACCCUCUUCCUCUGGACCUUUGCACCCAGCUUUCCUGGCGCCAUUUGCUUCAUCGUCUUUUUCGGCAUCUUUAGCGGUGCCGUCAUCGGCCUGCCUCCCGCCAGUAUGGCCUACAUCUUGGGCAAAUCGCCUCAACAGCAAGCUCGCUUGGGUCAGUGGACUGGCAUGAUGUACACAUCCGCCGGCAUUCCAUCACUCAUCGGGCCCGUUAUUGCCGGUCACCUCAUCUCCAACUAUAAUAACUACAUCACGGUACAACUGUGGAGCGGAACAUGUCUGCUUCUCAGCGCAGGCUGCAUGGGCGUCGUCUGGUGGUACAAACACCACGAAGCUGCGGCGGGCCAUGACGGACCUGUGUUCACAACUCCAUCCGGCCCCGGACUUAGCAAGUCGCAGACGGUUGCUAGUGCAAUCAGCACGGAUACUUGCCGCUCAGAUGUAACAGUUGAUAGCCAGAUCUCUGAACCAACGCCAGAGCUUGAACCGGCUCAGACUGCAGAGACACGAGACUAUCAUCACAGAGAAGAGGAUAAGACCGAGACUGAGAAGGAAAUGGUGUAACCGCAGCCGAACCCUAACACUACAUUUUGUUUUUCUUCCGAGUAAGGCGGCUUGGCAAACGUGCUUUUUGCGGCGCCUCAGCUGACGAUAUGAUACCACAAGGGAACGCCACAAGCUGCGAAGCGCGUGCUCCUAUGUAUUUCUUUGCUUUUUCGCUGCCGCAAUGCCGUGCUCACU